AUGAAUGAAAGUACUAUCGUUGAAACGUCUGAUGUCACUGUAGAUGAUAUCGAUACUAAUAUGAUGGGCAUAAAAUCAAAUAAUUUGUAUAGGCAAUUAAAUGAAAUUGUAGAAAAAAGGAAUCUAUCAAUAUUGGAUACUAAUAAACCUGAUCAAUUAUUGCCAGAUUUAAUUAAACAUAUUACUAAUACAAUUCCGUAUGAUAUUUUUGUUAAUGCUUCACAUUUUAUAGAGGAAAGGAAGGAACUAAAUGAAUUAGGCGAUUAUAUAACAACGAAUUUCUUAGAGAAAGGUUUGUACCCAUUUACAAUAUUGAGAAUAUGUGAAUUGUGCUAUGAUCCAUUUAAAUAUUACAAAGUGAAUGAAUUGGCAAAAUUUGUCAGAGCAUUAACAGAAUGUUGUCUGGUUACCACUAGUUGGGAAACUUCUCAGGCUACAAACGAUAAUGAUACAAGCAAAGCAGUUAUAAAUAGUGAAGAUGAUGAUACAGAUAAUAUUUCAUUAUGUAAGAUUUCAUGGAUUGAUUCAAAAUUAGAAAAAGAGUUAUCUACCUACGUCAAGGAUAUUGAUUCAUUUAUGAGUAUUAGUUUUGGAUUUGAAGAUGAGGAUGAGGAUGAGGAUGGAAAUGAUAUUAUGGGCAAUGGAAAUAGCAGAAACGAAAUGGAUUCAUUGAAUAAUGAUCAAAAUUUUAUUAUCGAGGAAUACUAUGAAGACGAGAAUGGUGUUAUAGAUAAAGAUUAUGUAGAACAAAUUGAAGAUAAUGGAUUUCUACUGAAUGAUGAUGACGACGAUGAAGACAAUGAUGAUGAUGAAGAUUAUAAUGAAGAUGAUACAGAUAUAAGUAGUACCGAUGAGGAUGAAGAUCUAGAAGAUGGAGAGAAUGUUGAAGAACAAAACAAUGAUGCCAAUAAUGAUGAAAAGAAAACCGAUGUUUUAGAAAAUGCAACUAAAAUUGUUAGCGAUUCUCACACACAGAAUAAGAGAAGAACAACGGAGUUAGAUGACUUUGAGUAUAAUGUCGUUAAUGAUAAUUCUAGCUCAUCAAUGUCAGUAGUAGGAACACCUAAAAAACAGAAAUCUGAGAUUGGAAUAAUAACUGAAUCCCCAGUAACAGGAUCAAGUCAAACAUCUGAUCAUUCCAACAUGUUAAUUUCUCCAUUAACUCAUGAAAACACUGAUAUUGAGAAAAUUAAUGCUCUUGAUAAAGGUUUAUCGCAAAGUAACCAUGUCAGUCCCUUAGGAAGCAAAAUACGAAAAGAAUAG